AUGAGGGCUUUUUUUCUUACACGUCUCCUCUUUAUCCACUCUUUAAGAGUGUGUGCCCAUGGAGGCAUAUGGAACUACUCGAUUGCCGGUAUAUGGCAACCAGGAUUCUUCCCGUACUAUCCAGCCGAGCACCAAUCUUCGAUUCAGCGUCACUGGGCCGACUUCCGGCCUAUCUACGAUGUCUCUUCACCCUACCUAGUUUGCAACAACCCAGGAUCUGGCGCCGAGAAGUAUGCGAACGUAUCCCCCGGGGGAGAAAUUAAGGCCUACUAUCCGGGAUGGCCACACGAUGUUGGGGCAAUUAUUGUUUGGAUGACUUACUGUGGUUCACAGCCCGAUGCAUGUUUUUCUUUCGACGGCAGUGGAAAAAAUUGGUUCAAGAUUCAGGAAGUUGGCCUGGAGAACGGGACCAUUCGCAAUGGGCAAUGGGCAUUAAAAGACCUCCUCGCUUCUAACUACACUUGGACUACAACCAUUCCGACUUCGCUCCAUAGCGGUGCUUACCUGAUUCGCCAUGAGAUCAUUGCGAUACAUGUUCCUUUCUCACCUGAGUUCUACCCAGAAUGUGCGCACUUAUAUGUGUCAGGGAGUGGAUGGGAAAGGCCUGGUGAAGAGUAUCUAGCUGCUAUACCAGGGGUGUGGAAGGCAAAUGACCCAUCGCUGAAUUUGACAAUUUACCAAGAGCCGACGGCGAGCAAGACAGAAUGGCUGAUACCUGGGCCGCCUGUUUGGAGGGGUUCUAUUGUGUGA